AUGGACAUCACACUCUUGCCGCCCACUCACAUCCUAUCAAACCAUUCCCAUCUGGCUUUGCUACCCUCUGCUUUACCCAAACACUGUCAUCCAUCCUCAUCUCGUCAUUCAACAUCCAGCAAGUCUAUAAUGAUGCACCCAUAUACACCAAAACCUCCCAAAGACGGAUCAUCACCUUUCACGACCCUUCCUACCGAAAUUCAACUAUUGAUCUUAUCCCACCUUGACCUAUCUGACCUCUUGACCCUUCUGAGAGUAUCAAAAUCAUUCUAUUCCCUUGGCCUAUCACCAACCUUACAUCGCAAACUAUCUUUAAACAAUAUACCGUCUAUCAUACCUCAUAUAUUGGGGAAUCACAUCUUACCUUCUGUUAGAGAACUAUCCAUAAACCUAUUCCCAUUUCCUCGUAGCUAUAAUGGAUAUCAUCCAAAUCAUCUAGGUAUGCUGUUAUCACAGAAUAUCAAACGUGGUAAUACAAAAUAUCACCGACAGAGGAAUAGCCAUCUGGGUAUGGUCAAAUACGAAAGCGUAAUCGGACCGAUAAUGAAACAUGUUAAAUUCGAUCAAUUGCGGAUCCUCAAUAUCCCAUUUUCAUCUUCUUACCUCUCAAUGUACGAGCUAGAAUCGAUUUUGGAAAACAUAUCGAGCAACAUUGAGAAAUUAGAUCUGAGGGGGAGUUCACUAUCGGGCGAUAAAUGGAUAGAACUGUUGGGAUGGGAGAAGUUUAGUAAUUUGAAAGAAUUAGAUAUGGGAUUUACGAAUAUUCAUUCAUUACCUCUACCCUCUUCUAACUGCUAUACCAAUCUUAGGUAUAUAUCCUUAUCAUCGUGUACAUCCUUAUCUGUCGAAACGAUAUCAGGAUUAUUCAGGGAUUUGCCGAUUAGUCUGGAGAAACUCGAUUUAUCAAGAUUGGAUCAAAUCCCUUUUCAAACCCUAUUCGACAUGAAGGUGAUACAUGAAGAUUCCACCGGAGUAUUGACGCCAACGGGAUUGAGGGAGAUCAAAUUGGUAGGGAUCGAUCAUCUCACUAGAAGGGACAUAAGGACGUUAAAGAAAUGGUGGGAAAAACAGAGAAGGGAUUGUUUGUCAAACACUAGUCAUAGGGAACGGGGGAAGGAACGAAAGCUGUCUUUGGAAUCUCAAUUGGUAGAUUGGACACAUUCAAGAACGGAAAUUGAAACUCCCGAAUUGAUAUCAAGAUCAUCCACUUCGUCGGCAUCUUCGUCUGCCUAUUCGACGGCGAGCGAAGAAGACAUUAUCGAUACACCUUCAACAUCCUAUUCAUCUAGAGAGUAUUCGGGAUCGGACGUGAGAAGUAAUCGAAAAAUCAUGUUACCAUCUCAACAUAAUUUCUUACAAUCACUUUCUUUCGACUCGAACUCUGCCAUAUCCGAUAAUCAAUCAAUCCCUCAGAGAAAGAUAUCGACAAUCCCAAGAGCGAAGAAGAAGAUCGGGUCUCAGGGUGAUCACGAGGUAGAUAUAAUAUCCAUCAAUAUCAUUCAUUCGGCGAUAUUGGAAAGUGAGGAUGAAGAUGGGUAUAGGCAAUUUAUAGGUGAAGUGGUAGGAGGAACUUUGGAUGUGGGUAAUGAGAUUCAGCCAAGGGGAUAUAUAGAGAUAGAUCAGUAG